GAAGAUGCUUUGGGAGAUCUUGUCGGUCUUCACCUUCGGGUCCAUCAUAACACCUAGAUAGCAACAAGGGCUAGUCCCACCCUGCACCAAACGAAGCGACAACAAAUCAACAGGUAUCAAGUCGGUCGCGUUUCCACUAGCGCUUCGAUUCGAUGGUCGAAUACCUUCGAUUCGGUUCCCGCGGUAGUAACAAAAUAUCGGAACUCAGUUUUCCGUGGAAAGUCCCGGGAAAACGUGUCCCGAUAGUCUGUUCCCCCUCGAAACAUGGCCUGUCACGUGACCUUUCAUAAACAAAGAUGACGUGGCUUUCUUACGGGCAUUAAAACGUAACGGAAAGUUAUUGUUAUUAUUUUUUCGGACAUUUUUUGAUUAUUAUGCUGGAAGUGCGGUCGACAAACGAAGGGAGCGAAGUCCUCGAUACCUGACUUCGUCGGAAUUGUUAGUUUCCAUCCACUCGUCGCAGAGUUAUGGAAUACAGAAAUGGGAAUGGGCUGAGUCAGAUGUUUAUUGAAUCUGAGACGUUAUCCAAAUCAAAUGGUUCUUCUCGCAGACCCAGUACUGACAGUGCCAAAAGUCUAAGCUUCUCCUUAUCGCGGGUACUCACCCCUCAUAUUCACCUGAACGACAGCAGCGUCUCAACUGUAGAUCUGAUAGAGAAAAGCCGCUCGCAGUCGUUGGGAAAUGUGAGCAGGAACAGAUCCAUCUCCUACGACCAAGAGGUUUUGUCUGGGAUAGAGGAAAGCCCCCGGCUGACUUAUAGAAGAGGCUCGUUACAACAGGAAAACUCGAAACUCAACAACUGCAUUUCUAUAAAAGACGCUUUCGGACCUCAACUGUCGAAUGACUGCGAAAUGACCCUGCCGGGUACCCCAUUGCCUUCCUUAGUCGACGAUACCCCGGAUGUAGACGACGAAACGAUCAACGAGCCUCAUGUCACUCCUUAUCCGGAGAAAGAAGAGAACAACAACCCUGAUAGUUUAUAUUUCCGAGACGGCAGAAGAAAAAUAGACAUGGUGUUGGUUUACGAAGAAGAAGAGCUAGGGGUGAUGACCGAGGUGGAAGCUAAACGGCGAGAUAAUCGCCGGACGUUCCAGGAAAAUUUAGUUAAGGAAGGUCUGGAGCUGGAGUUGGAGCACAAGGAGUUGUCGUUCGACGGACGGACGUGGUUCCUCAAGAUUCACUUGCCCCUGAAAACCCAAACCAGAUAUGCCGACCUUAUGGGAAUGAAACUGCCGAUAAAGCGAUUGAUUACAAUAUCUGUCAAGGCCUGGGACGACAAAAAAGAACACAGCAAGACUGAAUCAGCUUUCUACUUGUGGCAAAAGAAGUUUCGGAAAUAUUUUGAGUUCAAUCACGAUUUGAUACCGGAAGAACCCUCGUUUUACGACGCCACUGAAGGAGCUGAUAGGGAGGAACAAUUCGUAGUGAAAGAUAGAGCGACCUCGUACUCCAGCGCGCAGAGGAGUCUAAUAGUAAUGCAAAUCUUGUUAAGGACCAAAUUCGACGACAUCGAUAAAGUCGGUAUCCGAAGACUCCUGAACAAUUCCACUUACGUUGCUUGUUUUCCAUUACACGAGAGCAGUUGGGAUAGAUCCGAAUCAGACGGGACAAUGUUGGAUAGAAGGUUACUCUACUUGGAGUGGGCCAGUCCUUCGAAAUCGUUGAAGAGGCAACCAUUAAACCUUGUCAAAAAGUAUUUCGGUGACAAAAUUGCACUGUACUUCUGUUGGCUCGGUUUCUACACGAAAAUGCUUAUCGCCCCCGCCAUAGUCGGAACGUUGUGCUUUUUGUACGGGGUGUUUACCAUCGACGGCGACGACAACCAACCCACGAAAGAAAUCUGCGACGCCAACGGUCCCGGAAACAUCACCCUGUGUCCGUUCUGCGACAAAGCUUGCAACUACACCAAACUGGUGGACAGUUGUAAGUUCGCCAGGCUGACGUACUUAUUCGACAAUCCGGCAACGGUGUUUUUCGCCAUAUUCAUGAGCUUAUGGGCGACGGUAUUCUUGGAGAUGUGGAGACGGAAACAAAGCGUCAUACAAUGGGAAUGGGAUCUGAAUGGUACCGAACAAGACGAAGAACCCAGGCCAGAGUUUGAGACCAGCGUGAAAACUUUCCGCACGAAUCCCGUGACACGAGAAAAAGAACCCUACCUACCCCUGUCGUCGAAGGUGUUUCGCUUCGUCAUCACCGGAUCCGCUGUGUUCUUUAUGUUGUUCAUAGUUCUCUGCGCCGUUUUGGGAACGAUCAUCUACAGGCUGUCGCUGGUCUCGGUCAUUUACGGCAGCGGGAAAUUUUUCCUCAAGAAGCAUGCCAAAAUAGUUACGUCGGUGUCCGCUGCCAUCAUUAAUUUAAUCCUCAUAAUGUCAUUAACUAGGGGCUACCAUAGGCUAGCUAUAUACUUAACCAACUUGGAAAACCCAAGAACUCACACAGAAUACGAGGAUUCCUACACCUUCAAGAUAUUUUUAUUCGAGUUUAUGAAUUUUUAUUCGUCUCUAAUAUAUAUCGCGUUUUUCAAGGGUAGGUUUUUCGAUUACCCGGGCGAUACCAUCACCAGGAAGUCGGAGUUCUUCCGCGUCAAGGGCGACAUAUGCGACCCGGCCGGCUGUCUCAGCGAACUGUGCAUUCAGCUCGCCAUCAUCAUGAUCGGCAAGCAGAUCCUCAACAAUUUCGUGGAGUUAUUCAACCCCAAGUUCUACAAUUGGUGGCGAUAUCGGUCGCACAGAUCUCACACCAAAGACUUAUCCAGGAAGCACACCAGGUGGGAGGAAGACUACCACCUGCAAGACCCUGGCAGAUUGGCUCUUUUCGACGAGUAUCUAGAAAUGAUUUUGCAGUACGGCUUCGUUACUCUCUUCGUGGCCGCCUUUCCUCUGGCACCGCUUUGUGCCCUAUUGAACAACAUCGCGGAGAUUAGACUGGACGCGUACAAAAUGGUGACGCAAGCCAGGCGACCUCUAGCGGAGAGGGUCGAAGACAUCGGGGCUUGGUACGGGAUACUCAAGGCCAUAACAUACGCUGCCGUGGUUUCAAAUGCUUUUGUGAUCGCUUACACCAGCGAUUUUAUCCCGAGAAUGGUGUACAAGUAUAAAUACUCUCCCACGGAAGACCUGCAGGGUUAUAUCGAUGCCUCUCUGUCGGUUUUCAACACUUCCCAUUACAACGAUGGUAUGGGGGCCGAUGAUGACGACGAAACGCCCGAAACGUGCCAGUACAGAGGUUAUAGAAAUGGACCGAACGAAUACGACCCGUACGGUUUGAGUCCGCAAUACUGGCACGUGUUCGCUGCCAGAUUGGCGUUCGUCGUCAUAUUCGAGCACGUCGUGUUCGGUCUCGUCGGAAUUAUGCAGUACGUGAUACCGGACGUGCCGUCCGAGUUGAAAACUCAAAUACAGAGGGAAUCGUUGCUGGCGAAAGAGGCGAAAUUUGAACACGGCCUGAAGAGGAACGAUUACGAUUACGACGAUAUCGUGAACACGAUCAGGGAAAACGACAGUGUCUAUCGAAGUCACGAAAGUCGUGUCGGGAUUCGGGGAUCUUGGGCGCGACGGCUCAGCAGAUUCUCGGACGGUCUAGAUGCCCACGUAGAAGUCGUCAGCAGGAAAAAGAAAUCUACGUCUUCGACAGUGUGGGAGACGACGUAAUUAUAUAUUCUGAUCGAUUCUGUGCAUUUAUAAGUGCGAAUGAUGUGUAUUUGUGUUACGUGUAAAUAAACAAAAUUAUUAUUAAUAA